AUGCGAUGGCAUAAAGAGGUACGAAAAAAUGAAGCUGGGAUUUUACGUCAUCCUGCUGAUGGGGAUGCUUGGAAGCAUUUCGACAAUGUGUAUCCUGACUUUGCAGCUGAUUCUAGGAGUGUACGAAUGGGGUUGGCGUCCGAUGGGUUUAACCCUUUCUCUAAUAUGACAUCAACCUAUAGUUUGUGGCUAGUGAUAUUAAUUCCGUACAAUAUGCCACCUUGGGCUUCUCCUAAUGGAACAAACUAUCUCAUGUCUUUGUUAAUUCCAGGCCCUAAAUCUCCUGGAAAAGAUUAUGAUGUGUUCUUGAUGCCAUUAAUUGAAGAGCUUAAAGAGUUAUGGGAUGGAGUCAAUGCAUAUGAUUUGUAUGGUCAAUGCAUGUUUAAACUUCGAGCUGCAGUCUUGUGGACAAUUAGUGAUUUUCCUGCUUAUGCAUACUUGUCUAGGUGGAGCACUGCUGGUAAAUUAACAUGUCCUGUUUGUCUUGAAGAUACAAGAUCUAGAAGAAUAACUGACAAACAAUGUUUCAUGGGACAUCGAUGUUAUUUGAAAAGAAACCAUUCUUGGAGAAAAAGUAAAGAAUAUGAUGGAUCUACUGAAUUACGUGGCCCUCCUAGAACUUUUACUGGAGACGACAUUUUAGAGCAAUUGGAUGAAAUUCCUAUUCAUACCCCUGGUAAAGCACCAAGUAAUUCUUCUAGAAAACGUAAGCGUGGAGAGAAAGAGCUGAAUUGGUGUAAAAGAAGUGUUUUUAAAGACACUUUAAAAGCUCGUAAGGAUUUACAAAAUCUUAAUAUUCGUGAAGAGCUUUGGCUGAAGAAGGACCUAUCUAAUAACAAGCUUGAAAAACCUUAUACUAGUUACACUUUGACGAGAGAAGAAUGCAAAGAUUUUUGUAAAUUCAUUCAAAGUGUUAGAUUACCAGAUGGAUAUGCUUCGAAUAUUAGUCGAUGUGUAACAGAUAAUGACAAACUACGAGGAAUGGAAACUCAUGAUUGUCAUGUUUUACUUCAUAAGAUAUUACCAGCUGCAUUACUUCCUUUUCUGACAGACAACAUUCGUGGUACUUUGAUUGAACUCUGCCAAUUCUUUCAAAAAAUUUGUGCAAAAACAUUACAAAUUUCUGACAUAGAAGAAUGGAGAGAUGGAAUUGUAAUAAUUUUGUGCAAGUUGGAAAAGAUAUUUCCCCCAUCAUUUUUUACCAUAAUGGUUCAUCUUUGUGUUCACCUACCCGAUCAAGUGUUAUUAGGUGGUCAAGUUGCUUCGAGAUGGAUGUUUGGGACAGAACGCCAUAUGGGUUUGUACAAGAAAUAUGUGAGAAACAUGUCUCGGCCUGAUGGUUCAAUAGCAGAAGCUUUUGUUGUAGAUGAAGCUGUAACUUUCUUGUCAAGAUAUGUUUCUAACAUAGAGACAAGAUUCACAAGACCCGAGCGUAAUUGGGAUAUACCUUCUCCAAAUCACAAGUUAGAUGUUUUCAACUCCAAUGUUCGUUCAUUAGGGGCAUCUACUAUCAAAUUGCUUCAAAAUUGGAGACAAGUCGUUCAAUGGUAUAUAUUGAACAAUUCUAUAGAUGAUAUCCAACAUUUUAUCGAUGAUCAUAUAAAGCUGUUGGAAGAAAAAGGUCUUUCAGAUUCAGAAGUUGCCUUAGAGCACAAAGAACAAUUCCCUUCUUGGUUUAAGAAUAAAGUGUCUCAAAUGCGAGUUCAAAAAUCACCUCUUGCCAAUGAUGAUUUGUACUCUUUAUCUCAAGGUCCACUUGAACGGUACAACACGUACCAAAGUUGUAUUGUGAAUGGUGUUCGAUUUCGAUGUAAAGAGUGUGACGAUACUCUUAAGACACAAUGUUCUGGAAUUUGCACUGAAGGUGAUCAUGACAAUAUUAAUAUCCUAUACUAUGGUGUCUUGAUUGAGAUUUUGCAGUUGUCAUUCGUUUUAGAUCGGAAGGUGUUCUUAUUUCGAUGCAAGUGGUAUAGCUCUAAUCCAAAAGGUAGAUCAAUUGUUGUGGAUCAUAAUUUGACUUCCAUCAAUACAUCUACUGAUUGGUAUUCUAAUGAACCAUUUAUCUUGGCAACUCAAGCACAACAAGUUUUCUAUUUGCUUGAUAUGAAGCGUGGUUCAAAUUGGCGGAUUGUUCAAAAAGUAAAUCAUCGAUCUAUUUAUGACAUUCCUGAAAUUAUGGAAGAGACAGUAAAUAAUGAUGUGUUUCAAGAAGAAGAAUCAUUUCAAUUGCCACCUUUUCAACCAAUUGAGGAUUUCAUUGAAAGUCCGUCUUUAGUUCGAUUAGAUGUUCAUUCUGUAACUCUUUCAGACCAACUUGUUGUUGAUUUAUUUUUAAACCAAAAUCAAAAUGUUGACAAGGAUAGUGACUUAGAUAAAGAUUUUGAUGAAAGAAAUAUAUUCUCUAAUAAUGAAACAUUUCUCUCAAGUGAUGACACCAAAAGUUAUACAGAAUCAGAAUGUGAUGAUGAUGCAGAUUCUUAA